AUGGAUGUUCUCUUUGGAGGACGGCAGAAACUCGACUUAGACGUUUCUUUGAAAACAAUCGAGGAACUGAUUGUAUACUUGAAAGAAAAAGAGUUAUCUGAAAGAGAGGAACUCUUUGUCGAAGGCACGAACUUACGCUCUGGUAUUUUAGUAUUGGUAAAUGACGUAGACUGGGAGGUUCUUGAUCGUGAAAAAACAGAGUUGAAUGAGGGAGAUGAUAUUUUAUUCUUAUCCACAUUACACGGUGGGUAGUUCAAAGUGUGAAUCGUUCA